AUGGUGACCAGGAAAUGGCUGGUGGGCCGAAUCCAUUACUUGGCGUUGGUGAUAGUGACAGCUUUGCUCCUACUACAGCCUCUGAGACUUGUCUUGAUGGAUCUGGUGCUUCCAACAGCCUGGGCGGACACGGACAAAGUCCACCUGUAUCGUGUGAUUAACGACUACCAACAUUUUGACGUGGACGCACACCCAUUACAGAGAGAUGUUGUCUGGGAGAAAGUUCAGGUUAAUCUAAGCCAUUUCCAAAGCUAUCUGUAUAGCAGGCGACAAGCCUACCGGGAAUUCCACAACUACCUCGGCCUACUGAAGUCUCUACCCAAAGGAGAUGAAGAAAUCCAGAAAAAGAUGGAGCUGAUCUCCAAAUUCCAGCCAGUCAUGACCCCGAGAGAAGCAGCCCAACUCUUAUUCUCCUUUGAGACCUUCACCAACGCCUGUGCACAGGCGGGUCUGAUCUAUUUUAUUCUAGAAGCUUCGCUGAUGGGGUCAGUGCGCCACCAUGGAUUCAUUCCUUGGGAUGACGAUAUAGAUAUUGUUAUGAACGCUAAACAAUGGCCACGAAUUCGAAACGUACUAGGGAAUAUUGAAGGGUUUGAACUAUAUGCUCCAUCAAAAACCCAGUGGAAGUUUUAUAUGAAGUCUGCGAAGGCGUUUCCUGAUAAACCCUUUAAAUUCCCUAACAUUGACAUAUUUUUCUACGAAGAAGACGACACGCAUAUAUGGGCCUUAACUCGAGGUCUUAAACAUGACUUAGUCUAUUUAAAAUCAGAUGUAUUUCCGCUGCAGAUUCGUCCCUUUGAGAAUCUGAUGGUUCCUGUUCCCUGUAAUCUGGACAUAGUAGUUCAUAAAUCUCACAACAAGGAUAUGUGUGUUACACCAGAAUAUAACCACAAGACCAACGAGAACUUCUACUUCAUGGGAGGCACUUCCGUUCAUUGUAAGCUACUCUACGACUUGUACCCUUUC